AAAGAGACCAGUGACCAAGCCAUGUGAAGCCAUGUCCGCGACACUUCGAGCUCAGCUUGCCAAAGCAGGGCGUGCCCCUUUGACACGUGCUCUACAAGGGCGUGCCCCUUUGACACGUGCUCCACAAGGGCGUGCCCUGUUGACAAGUGCUCAAGGCAGCCGGCCCAGCUUCCUGGUGCCUGGCGUCGAGGAGUUGCCCGAGCGGAUCCCUUGGGGCAAGCUGGUGGCAGAUGGUGUGACGCCCCAGCCAGGGAUUGUGCUGGGGGUGAAGGACUACGGCGCGCUGAUCGCCCUGAGCCAAACGCAGAAGGGUCUGGUGCCCAGCGCGGAGCUGCCGCCGGAGCCGCUGGAGCUGGGGCAGCCGGUGACCGCCUACAUCAAGUUCAAGACCUUUGAGGCCCAACGGCUGAACCUGCGCCUGGCGGAGGCUUCGGGCGCGCAGAAGCGGCUCACGAGCCUCUGCUGCGAUGGCCGCUCGCCCUACCAGGGCACCGUGACCUCUUUGGCGCCCUUCGGGGUCUUCAUCAACCUGGGCUUCGAGCGGACCGGGUUCUUGCCGCAGCGCAGCUGCGACCAGGACCUACAACAGGGCGACACGGUCACGGUGUAUGCCAUCAUGAAGCACUGGCGCACCGGGCGCUUCGAGUUGUCACUGACGCCUCUGCCGACGGCCCGCAGGCCCCAUAAACUGCUGGCGGUGGAUGGGAUUACGCCGUACCAGGGGGUGGUCGGGGCAGUGGUGGGCUCUGCGGCUGUGGUGGACAUUGGUUUCGAUGUGCAGGGCACGCUGCUCAUGGAGGACAACGAGUUGCAGCCCGGCGAUGAGCUCACCGUCUACGCGGUGCGGCACUGGGGCCGCAAGCGCCGGCUCUUCUUCGCGCGCACGCCGCGGCUAAAGCCGUUGCUCUCCGUGGCGGAAGUGGUGGCGGAUGGGCAGACGCCCUACUGGGCCACGGUGGUCUCCGGACCCACCUUCGACUUCUUCGAGCUGGACAUCGGCUGCGCGGACUUGGCCAAGCUGCCGCUCAGCGACCCGGCGGCGAAGCCGGCGGGCCGCGAGCUUCUGGCGGGCGACAAGCUGCAGGUCUUCGUCCAGAUGAAGCAGGAGUUCAACGGAGUCAUGGUGGUGUCCAGCGAGCGGCGAAAAACGCCCCGCACCAAAGCCAGCGCGCUGCUCACGGACGGCACUCCCUACCCAGGAAUCGUGACCCGGCAAAGCUCCUGGGGCACUCAUGUGGACUUCGGCUGCGAAGCUCCAGGCCUGCUGCUGGCUGGCCGAGAGGCCGCCCUCACAGCCGACACAGACAAGGGAAAGGCCGCAGCGUUGCUGCGGGCAGUGCCCGAGUUGGCAGAGCUGCCGGUGGGUGCCGCAGUGACCACCUACGUGUGGACCAAAUGUGACAAGGGCAAGGUCUGUUUGGGCCUUGAGCCCCGACCACAGCCUGCGAUCCCCCUGGCGCAACUGCCGGUGGAUGGGGUGACGCCGCUCACAGGCAUGGUGACCACAGUGUCCUCCAGCGGCAUCUUCCUGGACGUGGGCAGCGACGCCAUCGGGCGCCUGAACCCGGAGCAGCUCUCGGAGUCGGAAAGGCGCGAGGCCCAGGCCCUGCGCAGCGGGGAAGUGGCGCAGGUCUUCGCGCGCAGGCGGAGCCUCGGGAAGGGCAUCAUGGCCCUGGGCCUCCGCCCGGACGCCGUGCCCAGGCUCGGUGUCCAGGAGGUGGAGCGGGGCGGCAGAGUGCACGAGGGCCGGGUGGUCUCUGUGUCCCACAACGCCGCCUUCGUGGACCUCGGCUGCGUCGUCUCAGGGCUUCUUCCAGAGCUAGUGGCGCCUGAGUUGCCAGCCAAGUCGGCUCCCCUUCGGCUUGCAGAGGGCGACAAGGUGCUGGUACGAGUGGAGAGGCUAGAUGACGACGAGAAGUUUCAACUUUCCCUGCUGCAGAUGAUUGGUGGCGAGGUGUCUGUGGAGAACAGCAAGCACAGCCUGCAGCAGCUGAUCCAGCAGAGGUUGGGCCGGCCUAUUCGGAAGGGGGAUAUGUCCUACCAGGUGGGCCAGGUGGAAGGAGCUUGGGAGGCCAUCCUGGCGUUUCCUUGGGAAGGAGCGCAGAUGAAGUUUACAGGCAAAGGUGCCAAGAAGAAGGAGGCAGAGCAGCAGGCUGCAACUCGCGCCGUGCAAUAUCUGUUUGAAAACAAAUAGUUAGUUUGUCAGAUCGAUAUUGUUUGUACACCGACCAUAUUAUACAUAUGUAUCCAGA